UCAGGCGAACAGAGUGGAGGGAGGGAGAGCUAAGCAGAAAACGAGAGUGUGGCAAGACAGCGGCUCAUAGUGACAGCAGGGGCAGAGGGAGGCAGAGCGAGCGAGCAAGCAGGGGAAGAGAAAACUGACAGUGGGGGGAAAAUGCAGGAAAGACACUGAAGCUGGGAUGGUGGAGGAGAAAACAGGAGAAUGCAGACUGCCUGCCAAGGCUAGAUAGAAACAUUAGGAAGCAACAGCGAGGAAGCAGAGAGAAAGUGUGGAAAUUGAGUGAUUUGUUCAAAUGUGUGUGUGUGUGUGAUGUGCUUAAAUCGCAGCGUGGAGCGUGUCUGUGCGAGCGUGUCUGAUUGUCUGUGCCACCAAUACUGCCAGGAAAACGUGCUUGGUGGAUUAUGAGAGAUCAAGAAGAGGACGAUUGUGUGUGUGUGUCAGAGUGUGUGUGUUUAAUGGUGAACAAAAGGGCUAGGUGCAGCUUGUCCGCGAGUGUGCGUGUUUAGAUAGGGAAAACCGAGCAGCUGGAGAGUUGCUUGAGGAACGGGAAAAGAUAGUCCAGACAGUAGAAGCACUUGAGGAUGCCAGGGCAUCCAGGGACAAGCACGGCUCUCCAGUUCUGCACUCUUAAUGUAACUGCUGUCUGAGCACUUCGAACCCAACAAGGGAAAGCAAACAGAGACUGUUGUAGGCAGAAAACAUGGGUGCACGUGUCUUCUCGAGCCAUCAGCGGAACUAUUUGUAGGCAUCACUGUUGCUGUUGACUACCUCAAAGAGACGAAACUGAGGGUUUCUUCCGAGGUCUACGUGAAGGAUCGGUGGGGGUCCAAUAUAGUGUCCAGUGAUCCCUGGAUGUCUUUAGCAUCCAGCCAUGGGAGAGUGGACCAUUCUAGAGCGCCUCCUGGAGGCUGCUGUGCAGCAGCACUCUACAAUGAUUGGAAGGAUUCUACUGACAGUUGUGGUGAUAUUCCGUAUCCUGAUUGUGGCCAUUGUAGGAGAAACAGUCUAUGAGGAUGAGCAGACCAUGUUUAUCUGUAACACCCUCCAACCUGGGUGCAACCAGGCCUGCUACGACAAGGCCUUCCCCAUCUCCCACAUCCGAUACUGGGUCUUCCAGAUCAUCCUUGUUUGCACACCCAGCCUGUGCUUCAUCACCUAUUCAGUACACCAGUCGGCCAAACAGCGUGACCGUCGCUACUCCUUCCUCUACCCAAUUAUGGAGAAGGACUAUAGUCGUGAGGGUACCCGCAAACUACGCAACAUUAAUGGUAUUUUGGUGCAGCAUUCUGAGAGUGGUGGCGGAAAGGACGAACCUGAUUGCUUGGAGGUAAAGGAGAUCCCAAAUGCUCCAAGAGGCCUUCUGCAUGGCAGGAGCUCCAAGGUACGCCGACAAGAGGGAAUCUCUCGCUUUUACAUAAUCCAGGUUGUGUUCCGCAAUGCACUGGAGAUCGGCUUCUUGGCGGGGCAGUACUUUUUAUAUGGCUUCAGUGUUCCCGGCAUCUUUGAGUGUGACCGCUACCCCUGCCUGAAGGAGGUGGAGUGCUACGUAUCACGGCCCACUGAGAAGACGGUCUUUCUAGUGUUCAUGUUUGCUGUAAGUGGAAUCUGCGUCGUACUCAACCUUGCAGAGCUCAACCACCUCGGCUGGAGGAAAAUCAAGGCUGCCAUUCGAGGUGUGCAAGCCCGCAGGAAGUCCAUCUGUGAGAUCCGUAAAAAGGACAUGUCCCACCUGUCACAACCGCCAAACCUGGGCAGGACCCAGUCCAGUGAGUCCGCUUAUGUCUGAUCUCCAUUCAUCCAAAUAUGGCGUCACAAGGAGUGGAGUGAAGAAUUACAAGGCGCUUAUGGUACUUGUGCAAAUGUUUAUAAUGGCAAAGAGGGAGUGGCUCCACAUAGCCACACCUCUUUUCCGCAAAUCACUCCCUCCCUAUUUAUUGCAUAUGACAAUGUUUGAGGAAGUUUGCACUAUGUUAGGCUUCUGGAACAGCACGUGAAGACGAGGCGUGAAGGAGGAAUUUUUGGAAAGUCUCAAACUGUGCACAAGCGUCGGAAGGGUGAAAAUCGUGAGGUAUGCUGCUAGGAGCACAGAAUGCUAUGGAAACAAAAGAAUGUGGGAUUGUUUUCACACUUUUCUCACUCUCAAGAUCUUGAGGAAAGAGGAAAAACGAAUUAGCAGGAGAGCGUAGCAUGACUUUAACCUCCCAGUUUUAUCAACCGUUGUCACUGAGAUGGUGCCAGAAGAGGAAUACUGUUUAGGUUUGCUCUCCUGGCAGUGAAUCGGCCUAAAACAAACAACGGGUGAGAUAUAAACAUUGUUACAGCAGUGGCACCUUCACUUUGACAUAUGAUUGAACAAACAUUAGCAUCUUUUUUGUAAUCUCUCUCUGGUUGUCGUGCAAGACUAGGAGAUGAUUAUUACCUCUGCGCAAAUUGUGCCCUUCCACAAAGACACCCACUCUUACGUGUUCCAGUCAAGUAUUCCUCCCUCUUGUGGUGCAUGAAUGUUUAUAUGUUUGUAUGUGACCAAAGUUGAAAGAAUUUAGAGACUGCAGAUUCCUUUUUUGUUCAUUUUAUGUUUUUUUUUUAAAAGGUUGGUGCCAUCAACUUAAUGACUGUUUUUUUGGUUUUUUUGGUUUUUCAGAUUAUUAUUUAAAACAUAUAGUUAAAAGAUUAUUACAACGUUAGAUUAUUUAUCUUUAUUGGAAAAGGGAACCAACCCUGCUGAAAAGAAUUUCCACGCUGGUCCAAGGCUGGUUUAUGUUGAUUAUUGCUGGUUUAGCUGGUGGAGCAGCAUAGCCAUGGUCUGUGUCUGAAAUCGAAUACUUCCCUACUAUAUAGUAUGUAAAAAAUAGUAAGCCAAAAGAGUAGUAUGUCCAAAUACAUAGUAUUGGAAAGACCUUGGAUGACCUACUACAUCCGGAGAGAUUCUGAAGUGCGCAUUCGAUGGACACUUUACUAUCCCAUGAGGCCACAGGACAGGAUUUAUGAAUGGCAGUGAAGACAGUAUGCGAUUUCAGAUGCACCAGUGCUGUUCACCAGAAAAAAAUAUGCAAGGUAACCACCCUGACAGCAACAUUAGCCGCGUUUCCAGUGCAGGAACUUUCCCCAGGAACUAGGGACUUUGAGGUAGUAUUCGGUGUGUUUCGACUGCAGGAACCAGGGUCUAAAUGAAGUUACAGGUAAAAUUUUCCCCCUCAGAAAGUCCCUGCUCACGAGGUUGUACUUUUUCAAAGUACAGGAAAUUUCAGGGGUGGGACUUGGGCGCUGAAAAUGCUGACUGGUUGAGUUCACGCAGCAUUUUGAUUGGUUGACUCCACACAGCAAUUUAUUUCAGCCACCAUUUUUAAAAGUCUGUUGCGGUGCGUGCAGUAAGAGUUGUUUGCUAUUCGAAUCAGCAAUGGAGUUUAAAAAUACAACCGAUGGACUAACAACAAGGUUCAGGCUUUAUUAAGCUUAUAUUCAGAGGAUGAAAUCCAGCGGGAACUGGAAAGUCACGCGCAGUCCCAUGUCACGGGACCUUAGACUGCGAUGGAAACACAGACAGCAACAAGUCUGGGGAAAAAAGUUCCUGGGACAAAUUGUUCUGGGUAAUUUCAGUGGAAAAACGGCUAUAGUGUUGGCCCAGAUCCGGCCCACAUCUGUUUCACGUGGAAUCCACACGUACCAGAUGUGGACCGGAUCUGGGCCAACAUUAUGUUGCUGUCUGGGCAGCAUCACAUUCACCAUUGCUGGUGAAUGUGAUUAACAAAGGAAAUCUUGUUUGUUAUGAUAAUGUAGAUGCUUGGUGGGGACACCCGUAGAAAGGAUUGAAAAAAAUAAUGUUUAUGUAUCCAGAUGUUUCUAUCAGAUGAAUUUAUUAUCAAAAAAAGCAUAAAGGUAUCUUUCAAAGGCAUGUUUACAAAGCUUUAUCUGUCAAAUGACUUUUGAAAUGAAAAUUGAUGUUCAGUAUGUGUUAUUAGGAAAAAGGAACAAUUUACAGUGUUUUUAUUAGCUUUUUAUUCUUGUCACGUGUUUAUCGGCAUGCCUUUAUUAGUAAGAAAAGAAGAAAAAAUAUGUAUGCAUUGCACUUUGUGGGAUGGGAAGAGUGGAUAAAAGGAGAAACUCACUCUGGGAAGGACAUUGUGGACAAAAGUGAGCCUUUUGAAUUGGUCCAUCCUAUCAAUGACGAGUAUGUGCGUGUAUGUAGCUGUGUGCCUUUGUUUACACAGUGUGGGAUAAAGCAGGGUGUAACGUCUCUAACAAAGACACACAAAUUACAUUGAGUUGUCAUUCAGCCAAUAUUAGCACUAGCUUAGGCCCACUAAAGACAGUACGUGUGCCUACACCGCCCUGACUAACCUCUGCACGUGCACAUGAAACAACCCAGUGUAGACAGAACACAGUGCAACUAACACGGGCCAGCUCGCUGACAUACCGCAGAGGCAGAAAACACUGACAGAGAAGAUGCAGAGAGAAAGAGAGGAAACUGCAGAGGCCCUUUAAGAGGAACACAAUGUGUCCUGACUUAGGCAUGUCUUAUAGAAAAAUCUUUCACAGGAAAGUGUGUGUUUAUGUUUAGCUGGACAUGAAGUGUAGUUCAGCCACAAAUUUUGAUUCAGGCCAGAAGUCAGUGUGAGGAUGGAUAUUGUCAUUCACAUCUAAAUUGAAUGAGAGGUAUAAAAUGGGUCAGGUUUAAGAGGCCUCACAUUUGUUUUACUGCAAAUAUAAACAACUCGUAAAUGAUCCGUAAAACCUCAGAAGCAAAUGCAGACUUUUCUGUACAACUCCGUCGUCUCCAAGAUAAGAACCAGGAUUUCUAUGCUUACAUUUACGCCCAGGGUCCAAAAUUAACUCUCAUAAAGCUGCAAAUGCAAUUGGAAAGUACAUAAAUGAAGCUGCUUACCAGUUUAUUAGGGACUGCAACAGACUGCAAUAAUCUGAACCUUGAUGAAGUGAUGAUGCAAUUUAAAGAUAUACAAACUGUUUAAAAAAACAAUUGCAAAUACAGUUCCAUGGCCAUUAACCAAUAUUUAGGACUGGUACAUUUUCACCCGCCAUUUGCCAGCAUGAUUCAAAAGUUAAUUUUGGCUGCUGUGUAUCAAAAGUUAUUUAUUAAACAGUAUUUUUGUAACGUACAGCUAAAUCUAACAGGAAUUUAGCGAGGUUUGGAAUAAAUGCCAAUGCAAUAUAAAAAGAUGUAUUCUAACACCGUGUCCUAACCAGAUGCGAUGCGAUAAGAUUCCAGCGAUAAACAAUUUGUCUGUCCACACCAGACACGACGUGACUAUGAGACGCGAUAACGUCAAUCAAAAAUCACAGCCAAUCAGAAGAGCGCAUGGGCGGGCUCUCUCGGCAAGCUCCCGGCAGAUAGAUAAGUACAUAACCAAAUUCAUGAAAAUUACACCAUUUUAACAUUAUUAAAAAUACAUACUGAGUUACUGAAACAAUCUUUGUCAUAGAAUACACUUGUCUGUUCACAAUGAGUUGACAGUUUGAACGUUCUUGUUUCCUUUUUUUUAUUUCGAAGAUCUGAGGUGAAUUGUCCAUUGUUGCUUUCAGUAUGGCUAUGACAUAAAAUAAUAUUCAAACAUUAGAUGCUUUUAACAUUAAAUAAAGCACAUAAACAGUACCUGAGAUUAUCAUUAUCACACUUUGUGUUGUUGUUCCAGUUGCGACGUCGCAGAAAAAUAGAAACCGUUUGUAAAAUAGAAUCAUCGCGUGUCGCCGUCGCAGCUAGUUAAAACAAAAACUUUGAUUAAUAUUGGAAAUAUACCUUUUAUUUCGUCGCGUCCUGUUAGGACACGGUGUCAGAAGUCUGCUUAUCUUAACCAAAUUUGGUUCAUGGGUAAAUUAAUCUUGUUUUAAGGAAGCUUAGAUGAAAAACAAGACAAAAAUACUUUUUAAGAAAAUUAUUUUUGCAGUGCAUCUCUCUAGGAAGAAACUCAAUUUUAGUUCAGCUUAAUCAGAACAACAACAACAACAACAAAAUAAUAAUACUGUGCUACGGCUGAACAAACUUGAAUCUCAAGUUCGUUCGGUUUAACAUGUAAAUUAUAAGGGACUAUAGCCAUUAUUGUGUGGGGUAAAAAGGAAAUGCAUGCCUACGCUGUUGGGACCAAUCCUAUAUCUCUUUUCUUAGACUGUACCUUCUCCCAAGAAUUCCAGUUCUUUUAUUCUUAUCUACAAAAAUAGUAACUCUACCAAAAUCAUAACCUCUGUAACUAUGCAGCGUUAAAGGGCAACUUUUACAAGCAUAUUAUUUUCAAGUGCAGUUCAGAGAUUAUGAAGAUUGAUUCCCCAAGUGAGAAUGUGCUUGCAUUAAUCCACUCUUCUCCUCAGUCUAUUUUUUAUAAAUCCUAUAUCCAAGUUUAAAAACUAGACAAAUUUUGUUUUCUCUUUUUAUUUAUUCCAGCUUGUGAAUUAUGUUUAUGUGUGUUACUCUUUUAUACUGUGCUGUAAUAUGAGGGUUAACAGGGAUACCGCAGGGGGUAUUUAAAGAUCAGAAUUAAGAUGAAGUAAAAAUAUGGCUUUACUUGCCAAAGUUAUAUGCAACUUCAUAACUAAUGGGUUCCAGUGAAUGAGUUGUUUGCUGAAAAGCAUGUAUGACUGAUAUGGAAAGCAUGUUUUUGUUCUUCUUUUCCCUCUCUUUUUUUAUGAAACAGAAAAGCAGGGAUGAGUAAACGGCAUGGUUAGAUUAGUAAACUGGGUAAAGUAGCAAAUUCUUGAGGCUUUAAUGGGCCAAAACUGAAUCAAAAGACUAUAGCAGGUUUUUUUUUUAAAAACUACACAGACUGCAAUCUUGUUACAAACGUAUGCAACACUUGAUUUUCAGCACAAACUUUUGACAUGAGGGAAGUAUUUUUAUGGUUAGAUGCAUCCCGUAGUCACUGCCAGAUGAUUUUGUAAAUAACUUUUUUCAUCUAAAAAAAGUGUUUUUGAGACAUAAUUGAUGUGUAAGUAACCAGCCUGCUGUUUAAUUGACAAUAUGAUGUUAAUCUACUGCCACUGGCAAAGAUAUAUUAACUGCUGACAUUUCGGUCAUAAAGUCAUUAACACCCAAAAAACAUAGUGGACCAGUGCAUGUGGGGAAAAAAUGUCUCAGGUGUCAGAUUUUUUUAAAAUUACCUUUUCAAAUGACAUGUUUUAAGUGUUUCUACAAUUAAUGUUUAGUGUACAAUAUCUUUGCAAAAGCCAGUUGAAAGUUUGCCCAUGUUUUAUAGAGCUCUAAAACAGAAACUAUUGAUAAAUUGUGAAUUAUUUGAUACCAGUGAAUCUUUUACCAACAAGUUUUCAGGAUGUAUACAUUACAGAAAAAAAUAAUGCUCAAAUAUCAGUCUAGUCUCUCCUGGCAGUGCCAAAAGAUUUUUACAGCAGUCAUUCUACCCAGUGAUUUUGCUAAGAUAUAGACAUAUUUAUUAUGUUUGUAAAGACAUCUGUUGUUGAUCCUGGAACAACAUUCCCGUUCGAAAAUUUAGUCUUAACCCUAUCCCUACCACUAAACGGUGAACGUGAUUUCACCAAGUACAAAAUGUUCCUGGAUCAACAUCGUUGUCCUGAAACAACAUUGAAAUCAACGGGAAUGAAUUUCACUCUGUUGUAUUGAUUCAUUACUAUCGAUCUGUCGAUCUUUUAAUCGUUUUAAUCAGUUUAAUCGUGUCAAAAAUUAGUGCAAUUAACCAACCCGAUCUCAUGGCAAUUCAUAUGACCUCACUCGUACGAAUUCGUACGUUUUUUGCUAAAUCGUACAUAUUUUACGAGUUGCCAAAUUCGUAUGAAUUUGUACGAAUGACCAACUGCUAACCCCGCCUCUAAACCUACCCGUCACUGGGGUUUAGACAAAAUGUAUUCAAUGAAUUAGCCACCUCGUAAAAUACGUACGAAUUAGUUGUGAGAUAGCAUUGCAGUCAAUGCAGAAUUUGUUUUUUCGUCAUAAUUUGGCUAGCAUUACAUGAUAUGACCACGCUCUUAUUCACACAAAUGCUUUUAAAGCAGGGGUCUCAAACUCAAAUUGGCUGGGGGCCGUUGCUGUGAUUGACACCUCAUAGGAGGACCAUUUUAACAUUCAAGCACAAGAAAGCGCAAAAUUUCUGAAAAUUUACUUUCCUUUGCAUUAUUUCUCAUUUACUUCAAAUUUCAUUACUAAAAUAUUUAACAAAAAAUGUAAACAGCAGUGUCUCUAUCAUUGUUACGUACAGUAUUAGUUUUUAACAACAGGGUGAAGUUCAUUCCCGUUUAGCUCAGGAAAAAGAAUCAUCCUAAUCUCAUUCUAAUCCCUUUUGAAUGAUCAUUAAAUGUCCCAGAAUGCUCUCUGGGUGUCUGGCAGAAAUCACUGCACCCACAGUCACCAGAGCCCAUGUCCCAGCCACACUUUCACCAACCCAGGUUUUCCUCUAAAUCUCUGGCUCAUGGCGAAUCCCUCAUUUCGGCAUGGACAGUUAAAUGAGAUUAUGCGGUUUUAAUCUGUUGUCCUUCUCUUAAUAACCACUGUUGUAUUUCUAAACUGCUUCAAAAAGCCAUCCUUCAGUUCUAACCCUCAUAUAUGUAGGUUUCCUUUCUCUUUAAGUACAAAACUUGUCUGGGAUGAUAGUUAAGUGGAGCUUCAAUCGAUUACAACUCCACGUGUGCUGCAAGGGCUGUUUGACACCCGCCGCACAAGCCGUACUAAUCUCUCAGGAAUAAGAAGAGUCGCCGCUCCUAAUCACUCCCAGCUGCUUACAUGCUCGUAUAAAUACAGGAUUAGCAUUUGGCAAAGGCAAAAGGGCAGGCGAGUCAUCCAUCCCUCGUACCUGCACUGUCACAGGACAAAUCACAUCAACACAUGCCGCUAUAACUCAGGAUCUGUGCAAAGGCACCAAUCCUAAAAACCAACAGUGAGAGAGAGAGCAGCACGAGAAAUCAGGGCCUGUUCUGCUAACCAGGGAAGAACUGCAGACAACUCUUCAGUUCAUCGCAAUCAGUGUAAUUAGCCAUAUGAAACAUGAUAGACAAGUGACUCUUAAAAAUACUGUUGACUCUUUGCCCCAUUGCUUGGUUAGAGAAGCCUUACAGAGCAUCCCAUGAAUGAAUCUGAAUACUGAAUAUUUUUAAUGAAGUUAUGCAGUAAUAUGAUAAAAAAACUAAUCUGUGAAUCAAAAUUAAAUAAUAAUAAUAAUUGCCCCAUCAACAAUGUUUUGUUCUAUAUUGUCUGAAAUAUUCAAACAAAUGACUUCCUUAGACCUAAAAGAGUGAAAGCUUGACUGAUAAUAUGGCAACAGUUGCUUAUUAAGGCGAUGCUUAGUCAAUUCAAAGGUCUAAAAAAUAUUGUUUUGUUUUGUUUUUCCUCACACAAAGCAACAGUUCUUCGGUUAUUAAAAGAUUCAGAAAUCAGAUGUUAGACUUGUGAUAUGCCAUAUGGUAAAGGGUAACGCCGCUACCUGUAGCUGAACAUCCUUCAGAGAUUACAAUGUGCAACCCUUUAAUCCACCAUGAAAUAAACUGAUUACUUUAUCUAAUUAAAAUGGGUUAGAUUGCGUGCACUGAAUAGGAUUUAUUAAUUUAUCUUCUUUUAAGUCCUAUUUUCUUUUUUUUAUUUCAUUUUUUUUAUUAUUAUUAUUAUUAUUUUGUGUGUGGAAACGAUAGGCAAAGGUCAACGCACAAUUGUGUUCAACUCUGUGCAAAAUGUGAUGUUCCUGAAAUAUCAAAUGGGUGCUGCUAAAAUACUUAAGUAAUAUCAAUUUUACUGACAGCUGUACAUCAAUUGUCAAGUCUAUCUCUCAGCCCUGUUUUGAUCUCUUUCACAGUUUUUGCUGAAUUUAAUCCAAAUGAACAAUUCUUACUUGUUUCUAAUUUCCACAAGGAAAUCUGCUGUUUGGAGCACAGAUUUCUAUUUUGUAACUGACCUUUUUUGAAGGUUUUCUUUCUAUAUGUUUCUGAAUUGUGGAUUGUGUACAAUGACUUAAUUAAACACCUUGAAUGAACUCAA